AUGCACAUCCACAUCGCCAUCCUCGACCUCGACGUCCCCGUCCCAACCGUCUACGCCACACGAGGCCUCUACAGCUCCCAAUUCACCCAUCUCCUCGCUGCCGCCGCAGCACGUCUCUCUCAGUCGCAAUCCUUGUCCCCGUGUAGGGAAAUAACAAUAAGUACCUCGUCUUACGAUGUCGUCGGGGGUAUCUUCCCCUCGCUACACCUCCUAAGAGAGAGGGGUGGUAUAGACGGCAUCCUCCUAACCGGCUCCUCCACCUCAGUCUACCAUGCAGACCAACACCCCUGGAUCUCCUCUCUGCAGGCUUUCCUGACCGAAGUAUAUGUGAAUCACCCACACAUCAAACUCUUCGGCUCGUGUUUCGGGCAUCAGAUGCUUGCGCGGACGCUCGUGCCGGGGUGUGCGGUUGAGGCUUGCCCGGGGGGUUAUGAGAUUGGUGUGCAUGCUAUUGCACUAAAUGAGGGGUUUGUGAAGAGGUUUGAGUUUUCUUCACUAUCGUCAUUGCUAGAGGCACAGGGAACGGGGAAGAAGGAGAUGAAGCUACAAUUUAUCCAUGGGGAUUGGGUUGUAUGUGAGGCAGGGCUACCAGACGAAUGGGUGAAUCUUGGGUCAACGCCGCGGUGUCCUAUCCAGGGAUUGUAUCGUCGUGGACGGGUGUUGACCUUUCAAGGACACUUUGAGUUUGAUGUUUUUGUGAACAGGGAGACAUGCCUGGAGUUUGGGAGGAGGUGGGGGUGGGAUGGGGAAAUAGUAGAAAAGUAUGUGAGGGCGAUUGAGGCGGGUGAUGGGGAUGAUGAUGCGGAGAUGGCGGCGGCGAUGGUGGUUUGGUUCUUUGCGGGGGAGGAUAUGAAGGCUGCUGGUUUUGGUCAAAAUGAGGUGAAGAUGAUGGAGGGAGGGCUGUUGACGCCUCCGUUGGAGUAG